GGCCAGACAUAAAGUGUUUAUACUUUUUGUUUCUGGUGUAAAAUCUGCUGGUAUUCAGGCUCCUGGACAAGUGAGUCCAGGUAAGAGUUCUUUUAUGUCAUUGUCUGCCACAUAAACCGGGACAAUGGUGAAAAGGAAAUUUAACAAGCAGAAGAUGAUUCCUGCUCUUGGCCCCAAACAUUCAUCAGGGUUGCUGCAAUAUCAAGAACACUUGACCAGAGUCCAGCAUCAGUCAUUUGUAAAAAUAAAAAAAAAUCAGAAUAUUUAAUUAAAUAAAAACACAGUUAUCUCCUCCUCUCUCUUGUUAUAUGAUGUGUAAAACACCCUCCCCUUUAAAUCUUACUUGAAUGAGUGUUGAGAAUGUGGUACUGCACCUUUCCACUAAAAUUUAGCCCACCCACAAUACUGGUGAAACAAAACUGUGGGGGGCCAAAUGAGACUGUGAUAGGCUGCCACGGUCUUGGCAGUUAAUGGGAACACUGAGCUGUUAGGAAAGGUUUCCUCUAUGAGAGGUGAAAGUUCUUCUGGAAACCAGCGUUCUGUCAACUACUUUGGAUUAGACACCGUGGUUGACCUUCAAAGAACCACUGCUGUCAAGUCCCUGCCUUAUUGGGUCAACGCUUUAUUUACAGUAAAACGUAGACACGUUUAUGAUGGAUUGAUGAAAUGUGCAACUGCCUUUGACCAUGCAAAGUUAAAACCUAUUGGACAAUGUUGAUCAUUUGGAAUAGGCUCCGAAUGUAUGUCACAAAGUAUGUCCGCGUUUCAGAAAAGUUAAUAAAGCCUAAAGGCAGCUCAAGGUUUCUAUGUUUCCCUGAAACUGCCGACUCAUAAGCAGAAGCGUAUUUUAGGCAAUGUAAUAAAUGAACACAUGAAAGUAUCAAGAUGAAAGAUCAAAGGACCUUACAUGCUGAUCAAUGCUGGAGCUCAUGUUGGAAUCUUUAAAAUUGCAUUGCUUGGCAGUAAUGGGACAAAAGGAUGUCACCUGCAGCAAAAACAGAAAAACAAAUUCUGGCAGUACUAUGUGAAAGGAUAUAUUUCACUGGGGCCCCACCCCCAUGAGCUGAUCUUCAAAUAAUGCUGUGCAUCAACAUUACAGAUGUGAUCAGAUUGUCCACGAGUUUGUAUGUGCAUCAUAAGACCCUGCAUCUUCAAAAAGAGAUUUUUCUGCCUGAGAUAUGCUUUCAUCGUAUCAUGACAGCGACUGAAUCCUGGAGGAGGGGUAAUGCAACAUGAGGCUGUCCAAUUGCAAAAAAGAGUGACUCUAAACACUGUUAUUCUGUGUUCAUUCUUUGUUAUGUUUGGUAUUGGAAUGCUUUCUCUUGCUUGGUUUGAGCUGUAUCAACUCCAUAUUGAAACACAGAAGCUUAAGAGUGAUUUGAUUCUAAUCAAAAAGAAACACACCCUGGAAAGACGGCAAAUGGAGACAGAAAAUGGCCACCUUCAACUGGAAAACCAAAUGUUAAAGACUGAGAAUACAACCCUUUGGUUGGAGAGAAACCAUUUGGAGGACUUGAUUUUUCAGCUACAGUCGGAACUGAGUCUAGCGCAGGAGAAUUGUACAAAUUUAGCUGAGAACUACAAACGAGCGACCACUGAAAACAAACACCUGCUGUUGAACCUCAACUCCUGCCGCUCAGACAAAACAGAAAUGGCGUACAAGAAGAUCAAGUUACAUUUACAGCUGAUAGAAACCCCAGCCAACAACAGUAGGCUGACAGAAGAACUGGCGAAGCAGAGGUCAACGACUGAAACAUUAGUUAGACAAAAUCAAACAGUGGCCCAUAAAAACAAACUUCUUUUGUUCAACUUUUCUCUUGUCCUGCAUACAGAUACAGAAGUUUCUAGAAGAAAUGUUUUUCUGAAAUCAAAUUUAACAUCUUGCCAGUCAGGUGUACAACAGAAAGAGAAUGAAAAUGAAAAUCUAUGGGUAAAAAUGAGUGAAACUCAUGCUAACAACACGUGGCUUCAUGAAGAAAUUAGGGCAGAGAGGUUGAAAAAAUUCACCUUAGCCGAAGAAAACCAACUUCUAAAGAUUAAUUUGACUUCUGCCCAGAACAUAAGCACACAUUUAUCUGCAUUAAAUAGUAUGUUGUGGUCAUAUUUAAAGGCUUGCUCGGCAGAGAAACAACAAACCGUGGAUGAAAACAGAAAUUUAAAAUUUAAGCUGAACGAAUCAUUUUCAAACAACACUGUGCUGAUAAAAGUAUUGACAGAAAACAGAUUAUUGAGUCAAACAUUAGCCGUAGAACAGCACUCGCUGGAAUACAGGAACCAGCUCCUGCAGUUGGACCUGCCUCUCGCCCAAAACAAGAGUGCAAAAUUAUAUGCCAAAAAGAUGUUUUACUUGUCAAAUGUAACUUCCUGCCAGUCAGCAAUACAAGAGAGCGGGAGGAAGAAUAGAAAUCUGAAGACAGAAUUAAAUAAAACGCAAGCAAAUAACAUCUUAAUAAGACAAGAGUUGGAGAAUGAGACGUUGAUGAGAGGAAGGUUUUCUGAGGAGAAGCAUCAUCUUCAGGCAAACCUAACUCUUCACCAAAACAUAAAUGCAGAUUUAUCUGCAGAAAACAGUUUACUUGACUCAAAACUAACUGUGUGUCAAUCAGAAAAACAAAAGGAAGAAGAGAAGAACAGAUAUUUACAGUUGCAGCUGACCAAAUCAAAUGCAAACCAAACUUUGCUGAGAGAAUCACUAGCUCAGGAGCGGUCGAUUUGUACAACAUUAACUACAGACAAACAGCUGCUAGAAGAUAACAUUCAACGUCUCCGGUUUAAUUUAUCCUUUGCCCAAAAUCAGAGUAUACGUUUAUUUGCAGAAAAGGCUUCUCACCUCACAAACCUUAAAACCUGUGAGACAGAGAACCAACGCAGAGAAGAGGAGAAUAGAAAUUUGCAGUCAAAGCUGACCGAAGCACAAGCUAACAACACGUGGCUGAGAAACGAAUUUGCAAAUGAAAGUUUGGCGAGCGAAACAUUGUCUGAAGAAAACCGACAUCUCAAGUCAAAUGUAAGUCUACACCACAGAAAAUAUGGCAACGUAUCUGCGGAAAAUAUCUUUCUUCUGGAAAAUUCAACUUCCUGCCAGUCAGAAAAACAAGACAAGAAACGUCAGAAUCUAGAUCUAGAGUUAGAGCUGAACAAAACUCAGUCCAAUAACACUCUGCUGAGGAGGGAAUUGGCAAAUGAGAGGUUGCUGAGUGAAACAUUAAAUGGGAAAAAACAGUUACUGAAGAAUACAAACCAACUUCUCCUCUUAAAUCUUUCUCAUGCACAGAGGGGAAAUGCAAAUGUGUCUGCUGAAAAUAGUAUACUUCUUUUAAAUCUGACUUCCUGUCAGUCAGAAAAACAACUGGAGGAUGAUAGGAACAUCAAUCUACAGGUGAACCUCAGUGAAGUACAACCAAACAACAUUUGGUUGAAAACACAACUGGCAAAUGAGUUGCUCAUGAGCAAAACAUUAUCUGAAAAAAGAGAACUUCUCCAGGCGAACCUAACUCUUUUCCAGAACUUAAGUGCAAAUGCAUCAGCAGAAAAUGGUUCUCUCCGGUCGAGUUUGACUUCCUGCCAGGUCAAUAAAACAAAUGUGGAGGAAGAGAACAGAAAUCUACGAGUGAAGCUCAACGAAACGAUGACCAACAAUACUUUGCUGACGACAGAAUUGGACAAUGACGUGUUAACGACAGAAAUAUUGUCUGCAGAGAAGGAAUUGCUGGAAGACGAAGUUCAACUUCUACGGUCAAAUCUUUCUUCUGCUGAGUCCACGAGAACAAGACUAUUGGAGGAAAAGCAUUUUCUCCAUUCAAAUCUCACUCUGUGUCACACAAAAAGUAUAGAACAGAAAAAGAAAAGUGUUAUAUUACGCUCAAGAUUAGCGAAAACCUCCACUUGGUUUGGAGAUGGACUGACCAGCCAAAAGUUGGCCCUGGAAAAGGUGUAUGAAGAAACCGAAGAUCUCAAGGCCAAGAUAAGUUUCUACCAGAAUCUGAAUAAGAAUUUAUCUGCAGAACGCAUUGUUCUUCAAUCGAACAUCAUGUCCUGUGAGGACAGCAGAAAGAAGUUGGAGGAGUCUUUCGUAGAAGUGGAACAUCUCCGCCAAAAUCUGACUUCCUGUCAAGAUGACAUACGACAAUUGGAGAAUGAAAAGCUACAUUUGUACAUGACGCUGAAUGAAACACGUGCAAACAUCACAUUCCUCAACAACAUGUUGGCAAACGAGAGGUUGAAGAGAGAGACAUUGAAUGCAAAAAUACAACAACUCAAUGGAUCUUUAGCUAUUUCGGAGGAGAAGUUGGCAGUGGCGAAUGCCCUCCAGUUGUCCAUAGCCCUCUGUCAGAAGAAGCAUUUAGAGUUACUUGAAGAAAACCAACAAAUUAAUGCUGAAGUGGACCAACUCCAGUGGAAUGUCACCUCUGCCAACAACAGUGUUUCAUGGCUGUAUCAAGAAAUAAGAAAUCUAAAAGAAGAGAUCGUUGGCAAUGUGUCAACUUUGGCAUCAGAAAAGACUAGAAACAAGAUGGUGCGUUCCAUUCUGCAGUCACCCUCUUUGGAAAUCGACGGUUACUGCGAUAUGGACGCUUUGCAAUGCUCAAAUUGCAGGAAGGGCUGGGAGGAGCACAACUCCCGCUGCUUCCAGAUGUCCGUUGAGGUGCUGACGUGGUUGGGGGCCCGUGCAAAUUGCAUAGACAAAGGUGGAGACCUGGCUAUUGUUAAAAGUGAAAAGGACCAGAUGUUUUUGACUAAAUUGGUUGCACAAUUAAAGAACUCAACCCCUGGAGUGGUUCUUCCUGAAGCAUGGAUUGGGCUGGAUGACAUGAGGGAGGAAAAUCAAUUUACUUGGGUUGGCGACAGAAAAACAUCUCUUACAUUCUGGUCUGCAGGCAACCCAGACAAUGCCACUGAACAUUUCGACCUUAUUGACAAGUCUGAAGGCGUGAAACACCCGCACGGUCAGGACUGUGUUGUUAUCGAGCUCAAUGCUACCGUCGAAAACACCUUGACAAACUGGAAUGACAUCAGCUGCCGUAAUGAGAGGCACUUCAUAUGCGAGGCAAAAAUUUUGGUAGUGGAUCGUACCCUGGUUCCUUUGAGGGUUUGAAGGGCGCUCUUUAAGCCUACAUAUUUAUUUAUUUAUUUAUUUAUUUCUAUGCUUUUGUAACAGAGGAUGUUCUUACUAUAUAUGAGACAAAUAAAUGUCACCAAAAACUUUUGUGUUUUGAGUUUG